GUUCUAAAAAUGGAAAGUUCGGUGUCCACACUCCAUAGAUUUAUUUAUUUUAUUAGCUAUAGAAAACAAUCAACAAUUAUGUGACAGUAGUGGGAAGUAGAAUGCCAGUGGAUUUGUCGUGGUGAGGUAAUAAUGUUCCCUGAAGUGAUUAUUAUGUCGGAGUGGAUAUUCUACCAUUGGCGGUCAUUCCAGGUCAUGUGUUAACAUUAUGGAUAAUAAGCCCAGCAUGAAAGUAGAACUAGAUUCAUGUGAAAACUGUUCUAAACUAUCGGAUGGGGAUGAAGAUAAAACUGCAGCCACGGUGUCUCAGGCAGAGAUUUGGCAGGAAGAUAAAAAAUUCACAGUCUAUAAAGUUGUAAUUUGGUCUCGGAAUGAAUCUUGGCAUGUUUUUAGACGUUAUAAUGAAUUCUACAAACUUAAUGAACUACUAAAGAAACAGGCGCCAGACUCAAACUUAAAAAUACCAGGUAAGAAAUUGUUUUGUAACAACAUGGAUCCUUCAUUCAUUGCCUCUCGCCGGGAAGGUCUUGAUCAAUUUGUACAUCAUUUAAUGCAUCAAAACAAUUUACUAAGCAUAAGUGAAGUCCGCACAUUCUUUAACUUGGAUACUAAAGUUAAGGAACCAGAUAGACCAAACCUUUUUAAAUGCUCUGGUACUAUAAAUUUAGGGCCUUCGGAAAGACCAUCCGCUAAACCAUCAGAUUUUGUAUUUUUACGUAUUAUCGGAAAAGGCAGUUUUGGUAAAGUAUACUUGGCCGAACACAAAACUGAAUCCAUUCAUUUCGCUGUUAAGGUAUUAGAUAAAAAGCACAUACUUGCAAGGAACGAAGUCAAGCAUAUCAUGUGUGAACGCAAUGUUCUACUAAAAAAUAUCAAUCAUCCAUUUCUUGUUGGCCUUCACUACAGCUUCCAAACCAAAGAUAAACUUUACUUUGUACUUGACUUUGUAAAUGGUGGAGAAUUGUUUUAUCACUUGCAAAAAGAAGUCAGAUUCUCAGAAACCCGAGCUAAGUUCUAUACAGCAGAAAUAGCAUCUGCCCUCGGAUAUCUCCACUCUAAUGGUAUUAUUUAUAGAGAUCUCAAACCAGAAAACCUUUUACUUGACCAGGAAGGACAUUUGGUUCUUACUGAUUUUGGAUUUUGUAAGGAGGGUCUUAUUGGAACUGAAACUACUAAUACAUUUUGUGGAACUCCUGAAUAUCUUGCUCCUGAAAUAAUUAGGAAAGAAGCAUAUGGCAGAUCAGUUGACUGGUGGUGUCUUGGUGCAGUGUUAUACGAAAUGUUAUUUGGACUCCCACCAUUUUACAGUUUAAAUGUGCAAGAAAUGUAUAAUUUAGUUUUACAUAGUAGAUUAAAAAUAAAAGGACCUGUUUCAUCGCAAUGUAAAAAUUUAUUGCACAAGUUAUUGGAAAAAGAAAGCAAUAAAAGAAUUGGUAGCAAUGUUCAAGAUUUUAAUGAAGUUAAAAAACAUUCAUUUUUUAAAUCGAUCAAUUGGGAUGAUUUAUUGAAUAAACGUAUUACACCUCCUUUUCAACCACAACUGAAUGGAACAUGUGAUUUGCAAUAUAUCGAUCCUCAGUUUACAAAAGAAUCUGUCAGUUCAUCCAUGUCAUCGUUUUGCGAUGAAAAACUUUCUUCUAGUAAACAUGACAUAGAUAAUGUGUUUGCUGGUUUCUCCUACACUCCUCCAUCUAGUUUAGAUUAAUAAUAAUUGUUCCUAUCCUUAGUUAAUUUUAUUUAUACUUGAUUGACUUGUGGCUGGCUUACUAAGACUAUCUACAACUUUUUACUAUCUAUACAAAAAGUUUUUAUUUUACAUAGUUAAUAGUUAUGAUUUUAAAAUAUUAAAAUUAAUAUAUUUCAUGUUUUAAGAAGCAAUAAGUAAUAUGUUCAAAAUAAAUAAGCAAAAACAUUCCAUUUUUAAUACACUAAACCAGUGUGUGUUCAUACAUUAAUUUUGCAGCUUUAUUAGCCAGGGUCUUAAUAAAAAAAAAAAAUCAUUAAACUAUAUUAUCAAUUAAUAUUACUUAAUUUGAUAUUUUGAUUCUUAUUCACUGCCAAAAUGUUGUAAUGUGAAAAAAAAAAUUAAAAAAUAAAAUAAUUACUGUGAUUUAUUGCACUAUCUAUUUUUGAGCUUUAAAAUCAAAUUCUCAACAUUAUUGUACU